GGAAAGUGGCAGUCGUGGGGACAGUAUGCUGGCAAAAGGUCUUUGCCUGCGCUCAGUGCUGGUCAAAAGCUGCCAACCUUUCCUGAGCCCUGUGUGGCAGGGUCCAGGGCUGGCCACUGGAAAUGGAGCUGGUAUCUCCUCUACCAACAGUCCUCGAUCCUUCAAUGAGAUCCCUUCCCCUGGUGACAAUGGUUGGAUAAACCUGUACCACUUCCUGAGGGAGAACGGCACACACAGAAUCCAUUAUCAUCACAUGCAGAAUUUCCAGAAGUAUGGCCCCAUUUACAGGGAGAAGCUGGGCAACAUGGAGUCAGUUUACAUCCUGGACCCUAAGGACGCAGCGACACUCUUCUCCUGCGAGGGUCCUAACCCGGAGCGCUACCUUGUGCCCCCCUGGGUGGCCUAUCACCAGUAUUACCAGAGGCCCAUUGGGGUACUGUUUAAGAGUUCAGAUGCCUGGAGGAAAGACAGAAUUGUCCUAAACCAAGAGGUGAUGGCCCCUGACUCCAUCAAGAACUUCGUGCCCCUGCUGGAAGGUGUAGCUCAGGACUUCAUCAAAGUCUUACACAGACGCAUCAAGCAGCAAAACUCUGGAAAGUUCUCAGGGGACAUCAGCGAUGACCUAUUCCGCUUUGCCUUUGAGUCCAUCACCAGUGUUGUAUUUGGGGAGCGCCUGGGGAUGUUGGAGGAGAUCGUGGACCCUGAGUCCCAGCGGUUCAUCGACGCCGUCUACCAGAUGUUCCACACCAGUGUUCCCAUGCUCAACAUGCCUCCAGACUUAUUUCGACUCUUUAGAACUAAGACCUGGAAGGACCAUGCAGCUGCCUGGGAUGUGAUUUUCAGUAAAGCUGAUGAAUACACCCAGAACUUCUACUGGGACUUAAGGCAGAAGCGAGACUUCAGCAAGUACCCUGGUGUCCUUUAUAGCCUCCUGGGAGGCAACAAGCUGCCCUUCAAGAACAUCCAGGCCAACAUCACAGAGAUGCUGGCAGGAGGGGUGGACACGACCUCCAUGACUCUGCAAUGGAACCUUUAUGAAAUGGCACACAACUUGAAGGUACAGGAGAUGCUGCGGGCUGAAGUUCUAGCUGCCCGGCGCCAGGCCCAGGGAGACAUGGCCAAGAUGGUCCAGUUGGUCCCACUCCUCAAAGCCAGCAUCAAGGAGACACUGAGACUCCACCCCAUCUCUGUGACCUUGCAGAGGUAUAUUGUGAAUGACCUGGUGCUUCGUAAUUACAAGAUUCCAGCCAAGACUUUGGUGCAGGUGGCUAGCUAUGCCAUGGGUCGAGAAUCCAGCUUCUUUCCCAAUCCAAACAAGUUUGACCCAACUCGUUGGUUGGAAAAAAGCCAAAACACCACGCACUUCCGGUACUUGGGCUUUGGCUGGGGUGUUCGGCAGUGUCUGGGCCGGCGGAUUGCAGAACUGGAAAUGACCAUCUUCCUCAUCAACGUGCUGGAAAACUUCAGAAUUGAAGUUCAAAGUAUCCGUGAUGUGGGGACCAAGUUCAACCUCAUCCUGAUGCCUGAGAAGCCUAUCUUCUUCAACUUCCAGCCUCUCAAGCAGGACCUGGGCUCAACUAUGCCCAGAAAAGGCGACACUGUAUGAAUUGCAGGCUGCAGUCACACGGGGAGAUGUCUCACUGGGGCAUUUGAGGGUGGUGUCUCUAUAUCUCCAGAAACAGCACUCUGUGAUUACCUGUCCACGUUAGCUGGGCCCUCCUCUCUUUCAUCCUGUCUCCCUUUCUACUUACUCAGGAGGUUAAUAAACACAUAAAUGCUG